CGGCAGCGGGGUCGCCCGGGCCACAGAGCGCCGGGUGGCAGAAGAGAGCCGCGGACCAGCCACAUGGAGGACCUAGCGGCCCCCGGGGCAGGGAGUCUGCCUGCCAAUGGCAAUGGCAAUGACAACGGCAAAGGGAAGUCUGCGGCGCCCAAGGGUCGGGAAGCGUUCCGCAACCAGCGUCGGGAGUCAGAGGGCUCUGUGGACUGCCCAACUCUGGAAUUCGAAUAUGGAGAUGCAGAUGGGCAUGCAGCAGAGUUGUCAGAACUGUACAGCUACACUGAGAACCUGGAAUUCACUGCUAAUAGGAGGUGCUUUGAAGAAGAUUUCAAGACUCAAGUGCAAAGCAAGGAAUGGCUGGAAUUAGAAGAAGAUGCCCAAAAGACCUAUGUGAUGGGACUUCUGGACCGGUUGGAGGUGGUUAGCAGGGAGCGGCGCCUGAAGGUGGCCCGAGCUGUUCUCUACCUGGCCCAAGGCACUUUUGGGGAAUGUGAUUCAGAGGUCGAUGUGCUACACUGGUCCAGGUACAACUGCUUCCUGCUCUAUCAGAUGGGGACCUUCUCGGCCUUCCUGGAGCUACUCCACAUGGAAAUCGACAACAGUCAGGCUUGUAGCAGUGCCCUUCGAAAACCAGCUGUCUCCAUUGCUGAUAGCACAGAGCUCCGGGUGCUGCUGAGUGUCAUGUACCUAAUGGUGGAAAAUAUCCGCUUGGAGCGCGAGACAGACCCCUGUGGGUGGAGGACAGCCCGGGAGACCUUCCGCACUGAACUGAGCUUCUCCAUGCAUAAUGAGGAGCCUUUUGCCCUUUUGCUCUUCUCUAUGGUCACCAAGUUCUGCAGUGGUCUGGCCCCCCACUUUCCCAUAAAGAAGGUCCUGCUUCUGCUCUGGAAGGUGGUCAUGUUUACCCUCGGUGGAUUUGAGCAUCUACAGACUCUCAAAAUACAGAAGCGGGCAGAACUGGGCCUGCCCCCACUGGCAGAGGACAGUAUCCAGGUGGUGAAGAGCAUGCGCGCUGCCUCCCCGCCCUCUUACACUCUUGACUUGGGGGAGUCUCAGCUGGCGCCACCACCCUCCAAGCUACGAGGCCGCCGUGGUUCUCGAAGGCAACUCCUCACUAAACAGGACAGCCUGGAUAUCUAUAAUGAGAGGGAUCUCUUCAAGACUGAGGAGCCAGCCACAGAGGAAGAAGAAGAGUCUCCUAGCGAUGGAGAACGUAGCCUGGAUGGAGAGUUAGACCUGUUAGAGCAAGACCCUUUGGUGCCACCUCCACCCUCACAGGCACCCCUCUCUGCUGAACGAGUGACCUUUCCCAAAGGCUUACCUUGGGCCCCAAAAGUCAGACAGAAGGACAUUGAGCAUUUCCUGGAGAUGAGCAGAAACAAGUUCAUCGGAUUCACCCUGGGGCAGGACACAGAUACCUUGGUGGGAUUGCCCAGACCCAUCCAUGAGAGCGUGAAGACCCUAAAGCAGCACAAGUAUAUCUCCAUCGCAGAUGUGCAGAUCAAGAAUGAAGAGGAGCUGGAGAAAUGCCCCAUGUCUUUGGGAGAAGAGUCAGUGCCAGAAACGCCGUGUGAAAUCCUCUACCAGGGCAUGCUGCUUAGCCUCCCCCAGUACAUGAUCGCUCUGCUUAAGAUUCUCCUGGCUGCAGCUCCCACCUCCAAGGCUAAGACAGACUCUAUCAAUAUCCUGGCAGAUGUCCUGCCUGAAGAGAUGCCCAUCACUGUUCUCCAGAGCAUGAAGCUGGGCAUUGAUGUGAACAGGCACAAGGAAAUCAUCGUAAAGAGUAUCUCUGCUCUGCUUCUGCUACUCCUCAAACACUUCAAACUCAACCACAUCUACCAGUUUGAAUAUAUCUCACAACAUUUGGUAUUUGCCAACUGCAUCCCGUUGAUCCUAAAGUUCUUCAAUCAAAAUAUCUUGUCCUACAUUACUGCAAAAAACAGCAUCUCGGUCCUGGAUUACCCUGGCUGUACCAUUCAGGAUUUGCCGGAACUUACUACUGAGAGUCUGGAAGCUGGCGACAACAACCAGUUCUGCUGGAGGAACCUCUUUUCUUGCAUCAACCUCCUGAGGCUGCUGAAUAAACUGACCAAAUGGAAGCAUUCCAGGACCAUGAUGCUGGUAGUGUUUAAAUCAGCGCCAAUCUUAAAGCGGGCCCUCAAAGUCAAACAGGCCAUGUUGCAACUUUAUGUCUUGAAGUUGCUAAAGAUACAGACCAAGUACCUGGGGCGCCAGUGGAGGAAAAGCAACAUGAAAACUAUGUCAGCCAUUUACCAGAGGGUGCGCCACCGCAUGAACGACGACUGGGCUUACGGGAACGACAUUGAUGCCAGGCCGUGGGACUUCCAGGCUGAAGAGUGCACCCUGAGGGCCAACAUCGAGGCUUUUAACAGUCGCCGGUAUGACAAACCCCAAGACUCUGAAUUUUCACCUGUGGAUAACUGCUUGCAGAGUGUGCUGGGGCAAAGGUUGGAUCUACCUGAAGAUUUCCACUAUUCCUAUGAGCUUUGGCUGGAGAGAGAGGUAUUUUCACAGCCCAUCUGUUGGGAGGAGCUGCUCCAGAAUCACUAACUGAGCUCUUGUCAACAAAGCAUCUGAUAGAUGGAGAUUGGCUCCAAUAAAUGGUGCUCUGCUACCCUACCCAUCCAGCCUGUGCUUCCUGCCUGAAGUGCUUGUCAAGGGGAGACCAGGCCCACAGGUCAGGUAUUAUGGGGGUUGCAGAGCUUGGACCCUGAGUCACAACAAACUGAUUACCUUGCCCAGGGUCAGCUGCGUGUCCGUGGGCUGUGGCAAGCUCUUGGUGGAUCAGUCGUGGAGAGGAGUCUUCGAUGGGGACUGCUUUAGUCUUGUCUACAACCAGCUGCCUUUGCUGGCUCCGAGAAUGAGGGGACUUGGCCAUGUUUGAGCCAUGGUAUUCAUCCAAGUUGUGAGACAGGUGCAGGUCACACAUAGGAAGAUUUUCUUGCCCACCCUGAAUUCCUACUUACUUAUCAGCAGAUUGGCAACUAUAAAAUUAAUACUAUAUUUUAAAAUUUUUAAGUUUGACACUUCAUUAGCUCUAAGAUGAUUUUAAAGCACCUGCACCUUCUUUAUAAAGGAUAGUGAUUUACUAUUCCCUAAACACUGCAUGUUAAAGAAAAGUGUAUCGUGUAGAGUAGGUUUUCUUUUCUUUCUUAAAGAUCCAUGUUGGGCUGGUCCAAUGGCAGUGGGUUAACAUGAGUAUCACUAAAGUUGGUAUACCACCCCACCCACUGCUAAAUUUGACUGGCUUUAAAAAAAAAAAAAAAGAUCCAUGUUGGAUGUGAAGAUUAUUCCUACACGUACUCUGUAUACAGCAUGACGCUCUGCGAUUUGUGAAGAGCCACAGCCAGUGUGGAACAACCAGGCCUUUGUGAGGAGCGUUGCAUGUUUUUCUGAAAUUGCUUCAGUCUUAAGAUGCCUGAGUACACUGUAGAAAACUACCCUUUUCAUCUACUUCAUGUUUUAAAUGACAGGUUAACUACAGAGGUCUUAUUUAUUGAAAUAGCAUGUCCAUUAGUACUGAUUAAUUUAUUUUUUAAUUAGAACAGCAAGAGCAUCUUAGCUUAUGUUUUGGCUUCUCCAAAAUUGAUUGAUUUUUGCUUCUUUAGAAUUGAUUUUUUUCCCUUUUCCCUGCUAGCAGUUUCAGAGUGUCUAAGGAGAUUUAGUAAUAUGAUUCCUAAGCGCUGCACAUUUCCUAGAAAACAUGAGAGCUGGUGUAUCAACCUGUGUACUCCUCUCGGACAGCAGAAUCAUGUCCUUCCCAAAAGAAACAUGUUUCUAGGAAACUUUCUGAUUGAGUCACGAUCAUUUUAUUUCUCUUCUUCCCCCAAUUAUACUACCUAUAGUCAGGCUUUUUCACUCUAACUCCUCCUCCUCUCAACAUAAACACGGCUGAAUCUUGUUAUGAUGGUACCAGGACACUAUGCUUAGGGCUCUUGUCCAGACUGAUUUUCUCUAUCUGUUGUCAACUACAGUAGUCUCAUUUGAAACUUAUGAUAGAGUAUCUGACAAGACCCAAAGAAACUACACAAAAAUCUAGUAAGUAUUGCUUUAGGGCAGCAGGAUUUCUGUCUUUAUGGAACAGUCAUGAAAAAUAUAAGCACUGAAUGGAAGCACUUUUUAAAAUAUUUUUUUCAUUUUACCGAAGUAGGACAGCUGUCCUCUCUACAAUUAAAGAUUUUAUGAAGUAUAUCUUCUGUGAAUUUUAUUAAUGUAAGGUCAGACUAGAAUGAUUUUAAUGUGAUUUAAAUGAAGAUAAUUUUUAAAGAAAUAGCUAUCAGUCUACUUAUUUUAAAGCUAUAAUAUUCAAUUAAUAUCAAGAACAAAUACUUUGACCUUUUAACAACAUACGCGUGGAUGCUUUCUGAAGUACAAAAGUAGGCUAAGCUUUUAACAUUUCAUACCUUAGUAUUUAUAACUCUUCUCUAAGGGCAGGGCAAUUCUCAGUGCAGAUAAGGAAGCUGAAGUACCAAGGAUAAAUAGUUUCAAAUUAUAUCAUUUUUUCCCAAUGACUUGCUGGGAAUAGUUUCAGGUAUUACCAAUGGGCCGACAUGCUAAGGUGACCUGGUUGAAUCUCCUGAUUUGGGAGGACUCGUAUGUGUGACUAGGAAUUAAAUUAACAUUAAUCAAUCUCCACUCGUGAUCACUAUCUCUUCCAUUAUGUGAGUGAUUUAUAACGUAGAGGUGUUUUAUUUGUAAUUACUUCAGUGAAGCUUGUGUUGAUUGUUGAUAAUACUGUUCAUGUCAUGAAGCACUUUAAUAAAAGGAAAAAUACACUGGAAUUAGAAA